AUGUCUACUGUCGCGGACGAGCUUUUGAACGAUUUUGGCAGCUCGGGGGACGAAGCUGAGGAAAACGAGAAUGACGGCCUCGUGCACGACGAACAACAACCCCAACAAAAUGGCAACCACGACGCUAUGGACGUUGAUGGCGACAAGGAAGAUUCCGACGAGGAGGAUGCAAAGGAGAUGAACGAUGUUGAGGACACCGAGGCGACGAAAGCCAAGGUAGAAAAGAUGCAGCUUGGAGCGGUAAAAGAUGUUCGCAGUGUCGCAAGCUUGAUGCAGACUUUGGAACCCGUUCUCGAGGUUAGUAUAUCCCCAUCCAGGAUGACGUCGAUUACGGUCUUGAAAGACGGCUCGUUUACAUCCAGUCCUUUGAGACGCAGCCCUGACAUUUUGGCCCGAACGCUACAGAAAAUUGAGCACUACCGAUCGCAAGCGUCCACCCAGACGACAAACGUUGGCAACAUUGAGGAUCAUCCCGAGUACCACUUGUUGACGCAAUCGAACAGCCUGUCAACCAUGAUUGAUGGCGAAGUGGUUCUUGUGCACAAAUUUAUCCGCGAUCACUAUUCGACGCGAUUUCCCGAACUCGAGCGGCUGGUCACGACGCCGCUGGAAUAUGCCAAGGUGGUAUCCAUUAUUGGAAAUGGACCGAUGAGUUCGGAGAGUAUCAAGGCGCUACAGACGUCUACAGACAACCCAAUGAAGAUGGGCCUCAAGGCUGUCCUUGACGGGCCGUCACUCAUGGUUGUCACCGUGGAGGCCACAACAUCAAAGGGGCACGAACUGAGCGCCGAGGAGCUGAAUAGAGUCCGACAGGCAUGCGCCAUGAUGGUGUCCUUGCACAGAGCAAAGCAGACUUUGACGGAAUAUGUGCAGUCGCGCAUGAACAUCUUUGCGCCAAACCUGACGGCCCUCAUCGGUUCUCUGACAGCAGCCCAACUGCUAAACGCAGCCGGUGGUUUGACGGGUCUCUCCAAAACCCCUGCAUGCAAUAUCCCUUCUUGGGGAUCGAAAAAGCGUCAAGCCGGCCUGGCCACCAACAUUGGAGUUCGCCAACAGGGAUAUCUCUACAACUCUGAGCUCGUUCGCGGCAUCCCCAACGACCUGAAGAAACAGGCUAUGAGAAUUGUCGCAGCUAAACUUGUCCUGGCUGCCAGAGUUGAUCGGAUUCACUCAACGCCCGAUGGCUCAACUGGAGACCAGCUGAAAUCGCAAUGCUUAGAACGUCUCGAGAAACUUACCGAACCACCUCCAAACAAGGGACAACGAGCCUUACCUGUUCCCGGCGAUAAACCCUCCAGAAAACGUGGAGGUAGACGAGCACGAAAGGCCAAGGAAGCCGUAGCCAUGACGGACUUGCGCAAAGCCCAGAACAGAAUGGCAUUUGGCAAGGAAGAAAAGGAAGUUGGCUACGGCACCGGUUCAGGUACGGUAGGCAUGGGUAUGAUCGGACAACAAAACGAUGGGAGGAUCCGAGGGGUUCAAAUUGACCAACGAACAAGAGCGAAGCUCAGUGCCAAGAGCAAGGGAUGGGGUGGUGCCAGCACCGUUGGCGGCGCUGCCUCGUCUAUUGGAGGCUUUGGGCAGACACCAGGCAGUAUCGAUCUGCGAGGAAAGGGUCUGCGUGCCUCUGGCGUGGGAAGCACCAUUGGCUCUGCCACCGGUACAGCGUCGUCCCUGGCUUUUACACCCGUUCAAGGACUCGAGUUGGUUGAUCCAAAGGUCCAGGCGGAUCUUAGCAAGAAACGCAAGGCAGAAGAAGAUAGAUGGUUCAAGGGAGGCACGUUUACGCAAGUUGGGGGAUCAUCAUCGACCAAUGGUGGCUUCAAGGUACCUGAUUUACCGGCUGCUAAGAGAGUUGACACCGGAGCAACCAAGAUGGGGCCGCCACCACCUCGCAAGUGA